AUGAACUAUGGCCCACCCAUCUUCAGACAGGGAGAGCCCGUCCCCCCGCCAAACACGGCUGUCACCAAGACCGAAGACGAUCUUCUCAAGGCACUGACUGUCAGUGGAAAGAAGACUCCUCGUCAGGCGAAAUACCCUCAGCGUCCGGGAUACGGAACUGCUGGUAGACCGGUGACAUUGUAUGCCAACUAUCUCCCACUUACUGUGACAAGCAACGCACUGCACCGCUAUCACAUUGACAUCGCGGCCGAUGCUGCGGGACGAUCCGCUCCCGUGGGCAAAAAGGCCAGACACAUGGUUCGCUUGCUGUUGGACGAACAUUUCGCUCAGGAAAAGAGCGGCAUCGCGUCGGACUUCCGCUCGACUUUGAUCUCCCGGACCAAGUUGACUGAGGGACAGUUCAACGUGCGGUACAAGGAAGAUCUCGAAGACGAUUACCCCGAAAAUGCACGAGUUCAUGUGGUCACUGUCCAAUACACUGGUGAAGUCAACCCAGCAGACUUGGUCAACUACCUCACCUCCACCAACGCCAGCUCCUUGCUCGAGUCCAAGGAAGAGAUCGUUGCCGCUCUGAACAUGAUCAUGGGGCAACACCCCAAGACGAAUGAUGCGGUGGCCUCCAUCGGUGCGAAUCGGCAUUUCAGCCUCCGCCAGGAUUCUAUGGAGUCUUUCAACCUUGGCGGAGGCCUUUCUGCCCUUCGUGGAUUCUUCAUCAGUGUUCGUGCCGCAACGGCUCGUGUUCUUUUGAACGUGCAGGUGAAGUAUAUCGCCUGCUACAACCAAGGACCGCUGGCCAAUGUGAUUGGUGAAUUGAGAAUGAAUAACACUUACCGUCUGGAGAAGUUCCUCAAGAGUCUUCGCGUCCGUAUCACUCACCUCAACCGGAAGAACAGCCGCGGCGAAUCUCGUCCCCGCAUCAAGCCUAUUCAUGGCCUGGCCAAUCGCGGCGACGGCGGUGCCUCGGGCAACCCGCCCAAGGUCCCGCGUCACGGCGCCGGUCCUGAAGAGGUGGAGUUUUUCUUGAACGAGGCUGCCCCAAAGCCGGUAUCAGUUCCUGGCGCGCCAGAGCCGAAAAGCAAGAAGGGAAAGAAACCACCCAGAGCUGGUCCCGCGGAAGCUGGACGCUACAUCACAGUGGCUGCGUUCUUCCAGAAGGAAUACAACAUGAAAUUGAACCCCAACCUGCCGGUUGUCAAUGUCGGGUCCCGUGACAGACCUGUCUAUCUUCCCUGCGAGGUCUGCGAAGUUGAGCCGGGCCAGCCUGCCAAGUCCAAGCUUUCCGGUGAUCAGACCGCGUCCAUGCUGAAGUUUGCAGUUAUGGGCCGCAAGCCUGGACAGAACGCUCAGUCGAUUGUCAGCAGAGGUGUUGGUGUCCUAGGACUGGGACAGCCUCUGAACCCAACUCUGACUGCGUUCGGAAUUAACCCAUCGACCGAGUUGAUCACUGUCCCUGGACGCGUUCUCCCAGCCCCCAAGAUCUACUACAAAGAUGGCAACCGCACCAAGGAAAUCCGGACUAAUGCGGGAAGCUGGAACAUGAUCAAAAUCCAGUUCUGUCAGCCUGCGUCACUGAAGUCUUGGACUUACCUCCUAAUUGACGUGGCGGGUGGACGUCCGCAUUUCAACACCCCGAACGACCUCAUUGGCGCCCUGGAAGGGUUCCGUAAAACCCUCCUCAGUAUGGGCAUGCGCGUCGAGCCGCCCAAGCAAGGAAAGCGUGUUGUCCUCACCGGUAAGAACGACGCCGCGGAUAUUGAAAAAGCGAUCCUCGACUUGCAAGAAGCCCACAACCCAGUCUUUAUCCUGGGUAUCUUUUACACUAAAGACACUGGCAUUUACAACUGCGUCAAGCAAGUUUGCGACGUUCGCUGCGGUAUCCGCAACGUGAACGUUCUUGCUGAGAAAAUCAAGAACUCUAAUGACCAGUAUAACGCCAAUGUUGGCCUGAAAAUCAACCUCAAAUUAGGUGGCGCCAACCAGUCCCUCCAAAAGUCGGACUUGGGUCUCAUUUCCGAAGGCAAAACUAUGCUCGUGGGAAUUGAUGUCACUCAUCCAUCCCCGGGUUCAGCCAGCACUGCCCCCUCCGUCGCCGGCAUCGUCGCUUCAGUCGAUGCAAACCUAGCACAGUGGCCUGCUGAAAUCCGCGUCCAGAGCUCGCGCCAAGAAAUGGUUGCUGACCUCGAGACUCUUCUCGUCUCUCGCCUGAACCACUGGCGUAAGAUCAACAGAAACCUCCCGGAGAACAUUAUCGUCUACCGUGACGGAGUCUCCGAGGGUCAAUACAACACGGUCAUUGACAAGGAACUACCUCUUCUGCAAUCUGCUUGCAAGAAGAUCUACCCGGCCGACCAAACUAAGAAGGGUCUUCCUCGUCUCGCCAUCAUCAUUGUUGGCAAGCGUCACAACACUCGCUUCUACCCGACUUCCGAAGAGAACUCCAACCGUGACAACCCCAUCCCGGGAACCGUUGUCGAUCGUGGUGUCUCGGAGGCCCGCGACUGGGACUUCUUCCUGCAGGCCCACUCCGCCCUGCAAGGAACCGCCCGACCAGCCCACUACUUCACCGUCUGGGACGAGAUCUUCUACCCCAGCCGCCCCGGAAACCCCGGUGGCGCUGGCGCUGCGGAUGUCUUGCAGGAUCUUACGCACAAGAUGUGUUAUCUGUUUGGCCGUGCUACCAAAGCUGUUAGUGUUUGCCCGCCUGCUUACUACGCUGAUCUUGUUUGUACCCGCGCCCGCUGUUUCUUGAGCGAUCUUUUCGAUCCGCUUUCCCUUGACUCUGGUGGCAGCACCAGUGGAACCGAGGGAACUGCGGACAUGUCGCGCAUGGCCGAUGUUGUCAUCCACCCUAACAUCGCAGAGACGAUGUUCUACAUCUAG